CAACAUUUAGAGAUUUUUAAAGUUUUAAUAGCUGUUACUAUAAAAGUUUUGCAAAGAUAAUGGGUUUGGUGUGCUGUCACACAUUUCACACACAUUUAAGGGUGCCAGUAAUUCUUAUAUACUUCAUACUUUGUGUGUUCUUGUUUGUAAAUAUAUUUAACGUUUCUAUGAUUUGGCAGUGUAAAGGCUUUUUUGUAAUGCCAUAAAGCUAUUUGAAUAUGAAAAUUUAGUAGAAGGCAGUAGUAAAGGGACCUUCUAUGGUCGUGAACCACACCAUCAUUUUAAUAUCGCCAGUAGAUGGCAGUGUUACCUCAAACUAAUGCGGCUUCGGAUGACUACGAAGUACGAAUCAUUUGAGCAUAGAUACUGUAUGUAACGCACAAUAUUGGUGUUUAUUUGCUUAUUAGUUCAUAAGGACCAACGAAAAAUGCAGAUAUAUCGGACCCUGAUUUAUAUAUAACAAAUACAUUUUACCACUGUAAAUAUACAUUAAUGUGAUCAGCAACAUACAAUUUACGUGUCUAAAAAAUGUGUGUGUGUAUAUAGCAUUUAAUGCCAUUCAUGUUACUUACUGGAGGUUGGUUGUGUUAUGGAGGAUUACGGAUAUCAAGCGCUGCUGCUGUAAAUUAGGCCUACUGUUGGAAAAACGUAACAUUAAACUUGGAUUAUGUGAGACACCUAAGCCAAUCAUGUAAUAGGAAUAACAUCAGUGGCGCGUUCAGACUUUUACGACAGUCAAUGUUGAUGAUUGUUAGCCCCAAUUAGAUAAGGUUUAAAUCUGUUAAUUAAAAAACAGCUUCAUUUGGUAUACACAACAGUGACAAUACGCUUGUUUGACUUUAUGGGGUGCCGCUAGAACCGACGUCAGAGUACCGCGAGAGCGAUUAGAGAAAUACGGAGAAGUCUAAUUUUGACCUGCUCUCGCGGUACUUAGACGUCAUCUGCCUGUCCAGUUCUUGAAGCGCCGCAUGAAGUCGAGUGCAUAGUUACGUCACGUCCCCAAACGUAAUUUCCUGUCAUUCUCGCGCGAGUAACAUGCAUCGUUUGGUUGUUCGCGUGUAGCUUACACUUGUAUUGUUUAAAAAUGUUGUGGUAAUAUUUCGAAAUCGUCUGGUAGUUGUGUUUUAAAACUACUCUGUGUUUCACUUGUUUUUUCUUCAUCUCAGUAUUUAAAUAAAAGUGCGUUUAGGCCAAAUUUUGGGUGCGUGAUUGAACAGGCUAUUAUUUGUGAUUCGGUUGACUGUUAACAAUAAGAUGUUUAUAUAUACUUGGGCAUUUUAUGUAAGCUGCUUCUUGAGGAUUUAAACAUGCACAUUACUUCAAUGUAAAAUUACUCGCGCACCUGUAUAACCUGGUUAAGUCGCCUUUGUCGUGAGAGGUUGCCAGGUGAGCCAGUCUGCAAAAAGUAGCAAACGGGGUUGAUUGUUUUCCAGCAGAUAACCAGAUAUCUGCUGAAUCAGUGAUGGAUCCUGAAAACACAGAGAAUGGUGUGGAGGAAGCUGCAGGCUUUAAUGAUGAAGACCUUGAGUUUUGUGAUGAAGAAAGUGUGGCUUCCAGUGUGGACACCACAAUAGAGGAGAUGUUUCUUGAUGGUCUUGACCCUGUUCUAGAUCAACCUAAGAUGGACUCACCUGAGAAAGACUGUGAUUCAGAGGUGGACUUACAGAAGAGAAAACGACCCCGUCUGUCCUAUACAUCCUCUUCUUGUGAAGAAGGUGACAUGGAAGAAGAAAACGAGAAUCAGCCUUUACCUGAUGUUUCUUCGGAAGCCUCCAAAGAAAGGUGGCAUAAUGCAAAUGAGACAGAUGUGGAACCACCCUGUAUAUUGUUCACACCCAUUGAAACACCUGGGCCAAAGAAUGUACCCAGUAAUUGCAGCAGCCCUCAGCAGUUUUUUAAGCUUUUCUUCACAAAAUCUGUGUUACAAGGAAUCGUAGGGCACACAAAUGUUUAUGGGACCAAGUGCAAAGAUAAAACGGGCAAGCGGUGGCUUUACAUUUCACAUCAAGACUUUAAGUCGUUCAUAGCAAUGGUUAUUUACAUGGGUCUGUUUAAGUGCUCUUCUCUGAAGGACUAUUGGAGCGAGUCUCGGUACUUAAGUCUUCCCUUUCCCGCACAAGUCAUGUCUUAUCGUAAUUUUCUGAUUAUUUCCAAUGCCUUGCAUUUAAGCAAUACCAGCGAGGAUGAAAAAAAUGAGAUGAUGAAAGAAACAUCAUCCUAUGAAAAAUUAGGCAAAAUAAAAUCAAUGUAUCUAGAAAUAAGGGAGGCCUGCAAGAAGUAUUUUCAUCCCUUUCAGAACAUCACGAUCGAUGAAAGAAUGGUGAUGUCACAGGCUAGAAAUGAACUCGGAGAAUGCUCGAAAAGCAAACCUGCAAGUAGGGGUUACAAACUUUUCGCACUGUCAGACUGCAACACUAGCUAUACGUGGGACUUUUUUAUUUACGAGGGAAAGUCGCGUGCACCGCAGAGCCAGGGCUUGAGCUACGAGUCGGUUAUGUCAUUGGUAGAUGAAAAUUACCUGGGUGAUGGCUACAAACUAUUUCUGGACAAAUAUUUCACCAGCCCCGGUCUCUUCAGUGACCUCCUGCUUAAAAAGAUUUGGGCUUGUGGACCUGUUUGGGCAAACAGGAAAGGUUUUCCAGAAGCAGCUGUCAAUAAAUUGCAAAGAAACGAUCUGCGCGGCACAGUGCGUUGGAUUAGGGACAAUGAGCUUCUGUUUGUUGAAUGGCAAGAUGUACAGAAAGUGCAGAUGUGCUCCACUUUCCACAAAGCUUAUGGAGGAGACACCGUGAAGAGGAAAGUGAAAGAUAAGGAUGGAAAUCGGACCCUCGCUGAUAUUCCCAUUCCAGCUGCGGUGUUGGACUACAAAAGGACUAUGAGUGCAGUGGAUCCAUCUAAUCGCAUUACUGCGCAUUACAGAACGCUUAAUAAACCGAAAAAGUGGUACCAGUGUUUCUUUUAUCAUUUUUUGGACAUUGCCAUCAACAAUGCAUUCAUCCUACAGGAACUGAUUGCCAAGGAAAGAAACACGAAAGCUUUGACCCGAAGGGAGUUCCUGGAGACGCUCAUUGAGGAGCUUACAGAAAUAGGUUCACAGAAAAGGUUCCUGAUUGCUCUUUCUGCUCGGUCUCAGAAAUCUACCUCUGCUCCGCCCUCGACCCCCUGCCCACCUGCCCCCUCAGAUACUCCUGCUUUUCCCCACAGACCAAGAUACAUUGCACAGGACAGCACAAUCGGUAGGCGGAAAUGCAAACACUGCCGUUACCAAACUCCAAUUGUAUGUGAGACCUGUCAUGUACCAUUGUGCUUCCAGCCCAAGCGUGACUGUUUUGGUGAAUGGCAUGAACAGCAAUUGUUAUGAUCUGUGGCUAUAAUACUUUUAAAUAAUAUGUUUAUUAUAUUUCCCCACCACCAUUCUUAAGUUCAGAUGCAUUUACUAUUAUUUGAAUGUUCUAUCAUGAAGUGUUUUGCUGACUUUGUAAUAUUAAAUUGGGGGAAAUUGUCUCUUGUUCAUUCCAUGCAUAUAUGUUGAAUAUACUGUAGUUUGCAUUGUGCUGAAUCUAAUGUCUUUGGUUUCAAUGGCAUUUCUGUAACAAUUUAUACCGAGUCAUUCCAAUACAAAACAAUACAUUUUUCGAAAAAUGUGAAUAUUUGUUACUCUGUCAGAAAUUUGUAAUGAUCAGCCAUACAUCCUAAA